AUGUAUUCCAAGCAAUUCAGUCUUAUUGCCCUAAUGGCAGCACUCUCGUUGCUUCUUCUGGUUGAGGCCCAGCUUUGUUCGGACUACCAGGAGCAAGAAACUCGAAUUUCAUUGGACUAUUCGCCCUGUGGUCGUCCUGUGUGUGCUACCAAUGGCUAUUGUUAUCGCACCUUUCGCAGCAUUUGUUCCAUGAACACAUACAAUUUGCAGCAACUGUUUGCGGGACAAGGAGAACUUGUGGAGGUUCACAUGCAGCACUGCUUGCCAACGCCAACUUGGUACGACUACAACAUACCCUACGGAGCACCACGUCCUGUACCAUUGGCCUACGGCUCGCUCUAUAACUCAUACCCCCCUAUUGCACCACAACAUGCUCAGACCUACAAUCCUUAUAAACACUUCAACCAUCGGGGUUAUUCCCAGAACAAUGGGUAUGGCACUAGGGGUGGAUAUGCUGGCAUAUUGAAUCAUUAUGAUGCACCAAAACAAUAUCUGCAGAGAACAACAUCAGCAUCAAAUUAUUAUACUAAGUUAUUCACGACAACACCUUAUAUCACCACAACUGAGUCAACAAGUGAGUCAACAAGUGAGUCCACCACUGAGUCCACCACUGAGUCCACCACUGAGUCAACAACAGAGUCGACAAGUGAGUCCACCACUGAGUCCACAACAGAAUCCACAAGUGAGUCGACAAGUGAGUCCACAACAGAGUCCACAACAGAGUUCACAACAGAGUCAACAACUGACUCCACAACAGAGUCGACAACAGAGUCCACAACAGAGUCCACAACAGAGUCCACAACAGAGUCCACAACAGAGUCCACAACAGAGUCCACAACAGAGUCCACAACAGACUCCACAACAGAGUCCACCACAGACUCCACAACAGACUCCACAGCAGAGUCCACAACAGACUCCACAACAGACUCCACAACAGACUCCACAACAGAGUCCACAACAGACUCCACAACAGACUCCACAACAGAGUCCACAACAGAGUCCACAACAGACUCCACAACAGACUCCACAACAGACUCCACAACAGACUCCACAACAGACUCCACAACAGACUCCACAACAGACUCCACAACAGACUCCACAACAGACUCCACAACAGACUCCACAACAGACUCCACAACAGACUCCACAACAGACUCCACAACAGAGUCCACAACAGAGUCCACAACAGAGUCCACAACAGACUCCACAACAGACUCCACAACAGACUCCACAACAGAGUCCACUACUGAGUCCACUACUGACUCCACAACGCCGUCCACAACAUCCACAACAUCAGCUAGCGGUAUAGACGCCAACACUCUGGUCUCCCUCCUCUUCACAAACCCCGAAGGGCAAGUCUUGAGUUUGUCGCUGGUUGCUCAGAAUACUGACCCAAUAAAUGGUUAUAAGACAUGUGAAGGGGAGACAACGAUCCUGGUGAGUUCCAAGGACUGUCCAACUCCCCGACUUUAUACUGGAUGCCUUAAAACUAGCUCAUCAAGUUCCACAACAACAACAACAUAUCCAACUCGAAGGACGACAACGACUCCAACAUAUAAGACACCCAUACAUAAACCCUAUGGAUAUCAUUAUGGUUAUACGUAUGGUUCUCAAUAUGGUGCUCAUCCCUAUCAUAUUCCCCAUGGUGCAUACGCUUCCGCUGCCGCCUCUGCUUCCGCAACGGCUCUUGGAUCGCAUUCGGCAUCGGCAUCGGCAUCGGCUUCCGCAGUUUUUCCAUUUAGCUGGACUCAUUUCUACACACACUAGCCUAUCUCAUUGAUUCUUUUUUUAAAAAAAUACGAUAAUGUUCUAAAAAUGACCUAAUAUAUAAUAAAUAAAUCGGUAAAACUUUUUAAAUGUGAUUAGAUUCAUUACCUAAUCACCUUAAAUUAAAUACGAAUCCCAAAAA